AUUUAAUUUAAUAUGCUAUGUUGAACUAAGCAAGAGCAGAACUGAGUCAAUGGCAACAGCAUUCUUGUCUAGUGAUUGUGUUAACAACAAAUAAAUAAAUAGCUGCUCUUAUCAGUAUCUAUCUAUCUUGUCGGUUGGUCUAUCUGAAUUUACAAUAGCCUUUCCCUUUUACAUACUGAUUUAGAAGUAUGCACUUAUUUUUCAGCUGCAGUCCACAUGAAUAACCUGAAUGAUCCUCAGGACUGGAAUAUAAGGCCAGAGAGGCAGGGUGAUGGUGGUGACAGCAGCAAGUGGAACUAUGCCCUCUUGGUGCCCAUGCUGGGACUCGCUGCCUUUCGAUGGAUCUGGUCCAAGGAGUCUCAAAAGGAAAUCGAGGAGGCCAAGGUCAAGUAUGAAAAGACUAUAAAGACAAUUCAGAAGGACCUGGAUGUGAAAUACCGACAGACGGUCUCUGAAAACAGCAGAGAAACAGCUCAGCUCGAGCUUGAUCUAGAGAAAGAAAAGCAGCGGGCGCAUGGCUACCGUCAAGCCCUGGCUUCCCAGAGUCGGCAGCUCAAGGAGGAACGCCGAGGUAUGAGGUUGGAACGUGAAGCUCUAGAAAACGAGAGAUCUAGAUUGCGUUACACAGGACCUGGUGGUGCACUCUUCCACGGGGCCUUGGAAAAGGAGAAGGAGCGAGAGUGGAGGGCUUCACUGGCUCUGAAGGACAUAGAGUACAGGCUGAUGGAAAGGCAAAGGGCCUUUUGCAGUAUUUUGGUGUCCCGUGCGAGGAGGGUGGAGAUGGAGAAGGACCUUCUGGUUAGUACGGCCAAAGAGCCCCUUCUUGCACAUCUGGAGAUGGAGGACGGUCUCAGGGAUAUUUUUAAGAAUGAUUGCAGCUGUGCUGAGUAUCUCAACACAGAUGAGCGCAGGAAUGGGAGUCUGAUGUGGCUGUAUCUCAGAUACUGGAAGCAGCAGCUCACUCUUCAGACACACCAGAGAGCUGAGGGUACUAUGUUUGGCACACAGACAAAAGAGUGACAUUUGGAGAUCAGAAAUUAAUCUAUAUCACUAAAAUAAUGUAUUUAAAAAAAUCUCACUGUCAAUAAAUUGACAAUUGACAGUCAGAUUCAAGUGUGUCAUUGUUUUCUUUGUGGGAUGAGCAACUUAAAGAAAUAGUUUGCCCAGAAAAGAAUAUGUUUCAUUAGAACAGACUUGGAGAAAUGUACGUUAAAUCAUUGCAAUAAUCUACAAGUACUUCACACCACUCCAGUCCAUCAAUUAAUGUUGUGUGAAGUGAAACGCUGUGUGUUUGUAAGAAACAAAUCCACUAUUAAGAUGUUUUAACUACAAAUCAUUGUUUCUGGCUAAAAUGGCACAGUGUUUGGGGGAGAAACAAAAAAGCCGCCAACGCGCACAGACUGGGAAGAUAGCAGUGUGUGUGACUGGCCAGCCCCGAGGCACAAUCACCACCCGGACACCCAGCACUCACCCAUUUGGAUAGAGGGAAGAAGCGGAUCCUGGAGCAUGACGAUAUCUCACACGAGCACUUUGGCACGGCACUUUACACAAUA